UCUAGUAUUUAUUAUAUUAGUUAUUUUUUUAUAAGCUUACCGUAGCUCGUGGGUUAUGUACACUUGAUCUUUUCUCGUAUUCCUUUCUGAGGGGCAAUGUACAUAGGAGCUCUGCUAUGCUAUGCUCUGCUAUGCUACAGCUGCGCUAAGAUGAGCUGUCCGGUUCCGUUCUUUCGUUUAUACACACGUAUGUUGUGUAUCUAUACAUGACAUACACUACUGGAUGAUCUUGCGGGCGAAGAUGAAAAUUGUUUUAAAAGAUUACAUAAAAUAAUUUAGAGAUUGUAUUAAAUAAUUACGUUAUAAAUUAAUACAUAGCUACGAUUUUAAUUUACUAACCUCAAAAAUUAAAAUGAAUAAUCUGCUUUAUUAUUGCUAACCGUAACAUGGGUGGAAGUGAAGAAACAUUAAGUCAGUCGAAAACUGUUCACCAGCUGUGUACCUACCUAUCCGACACAGAUUAUAUCAUAUUCGUGAGUGAUUGCGUGUGCAAUAAUCUGAAGCUAUUAAGACACGAACGGAAUCGGAACAGACGAAUAGUAGCAACAUAGCAGAGCAUAGUAGAGCAUAGCAUAGCAGAGCUCCUAUGUACAUUGCUUCGAGCAUAUACUACUGGAGGUAGCAACCUUAUGGCCAGACGCGUGACUAGGUAAAGAGAGAGAUAGCUGCUAUUGCAGUACAUGCUAUCUCUCUCUCGCUGAAUCUGAUUGGUUACUCGACGCGUCCUUCUUUUAACUGUGACUUCUGCUGUGCGAAGAAAGCAGUUUAUAAUGUAGAUAACGUUAUUUAUUUUAUAAAAUAUUCACUAAAUAUAAGAAAAUUAAGAGCACAAUGCCUUUAAACUGCUGCAUACCCAACUGCAAGUUACAAAAAGACGAUCCCGGAUGUUUAAAUUUGAGUUUUUUUACAGUACCCAGCAAUCAAAACACACGAAAUGAAUGGUUGAGAAGAAUAAAUAAAUACUUUAACAUGGAAAUGGAGUUUAAAAAAUAUUCUUACGUGUGUUCUUUACAUUUUGAGCAAUCAUGUUUUAACUAUGGUGGAUUAAGCAAAACUAUUAGACUGAAAAAGGGAUCUUGUCCAACUAUUUUCGAAAAACAUUCAUUAAAAGAAAAUCACGAACCAAACAUCAUUGAAAUGAUUGAAAUAGACCAAGAUAAUCCGUCUUCAGACAGAUCUAUAAAUAUUUGUAAUGAUAAUACAUAUAUAUUACCAGUUUAGUUAUGAUAAUAAAGAUUAUAGUUUUUUGUCGAAACCA